AUGCGCCGCGCGCACUCGUACGAUCGCUCCGAAAACCGUCUUGCAACGCCCACCAAGUCCUGCACGGCUACACUACACGUGCACGUCGCUGCCAGCCGGAAGACGGCAAGGUCUCACAAGCGACUCUCGCGGAACAAACAGAUCAAGUAUGCGUUAUCGCGCAUCAUUCGCACGCCCCGAUGCCUGUUUCACUCAGAGGACGGGGGGAGCACACGCACUUGCGCAACGCGCAACAUCGCGAUUUCGGCAUCGGUCAUCGUCCAUCCAUGGAUCGGAUCGUUGUGGGCGUCGACUGCCAUGACAGAGGUCGUGCGCCGUAGCGGGUUGGAUUUUUGGCUACGACGGAGCGAAGGGCGCGCAGGAGACAGGUUCCGGCAAGAACGAGGUGUCCGUUCAGGCGAAGCGAGCCGUGCAGUCACGGCGUAA